AUGCUGGCUCGAACAGUCCAGCGUACGUACGGCAUACCGUUUGGUGGGCCGUCGCCGUCGCCCGAUCCUGAUGAGCAAAGUACAGCACUACUACCACCAAUUGAACCUCACGAUCGGUUAGAGGCUAACAGUGACAUGAUAAUAGCAUCGCCCAUAUACGAUGAUGCAGAAAAUGAAUUCGCACAAGAUGCCGAGGAAUUUGCCAAAGGCCUCGACUCUCUCUCAAUAGUGCAGAAGCCCAACGCCGAGAAACGAGCGGACAUAUUCAGACUCGUCGAUACUUACUACCAAUAUGCGUCUAAAAAAGUUCGCGCUUUGCGCAAAUCGCAAGGACAGCUAUCUAGGACUGACCCCCGCCAUUCAUACGAGGUUUCUAGCCAGGAUUCUAUGGACCUUGAUGACGGAGAUGAUCUGAUAAAAUCACCAGCCUCAUCCGAAAUGCUCAAGAACUGGGAGCUGGAAGCACAGACGUGGGAUAUGUUGCGUCGCCUCUUACCUCUGCGAUACCCGAACAAGACCUCUCUUAAGCCUGCCCGCCACGACGUGUCAAGAUUCCAAUCAUGUGCGCAACUCUGGGACGAGUUCCUCCAGACAGACUCUACUGCCCAGGAACGUAAGGCGAUUCUAGAAUGCCUGCAGACUAGCGCAGACGAAUCGCGGGUAGAUAUAGAUGAAUUAGUCCGAGACUAUCAGCAGCGAGCGGAAAGAGGCGACAUCAUCGCUUAUGGAUGGCUUCAUACGCGAUCUGCGCUCAAGAUGCAGAAGAAUCUAAACGGUUGGUCUGGAGCACUGGACCCCAAUGCUACCGAUGUUGUGCAGAAACUCCGGAACGGGUCAAAUCCUAUGGUAACCCAGCUUGAUCCUGACGUAGUAACGAGGCAGAACCGGAAGCUUCAACCGCAGGAUGAGUACUUCGAAAGGGCUAUCUGGCUUGGAUGUUACGAAUUACUGCGAAGGGGACGAAGCAUUGCCGAAAUUCGAGAUUGGUGUGUUGAAAGGACCGAAGUCUGGCGAGCUGUUAGUAUGUCAGCUAUGCCAUUAUCAAAAGAUGAAGGUGAGAGCCGGUUUAACUGUGAUCCUCUCUCGAUGCUUCUAUGGCGUCGUACCUGUUUUGCCUUAGCGAGACAGGGAGGUACUGAUGACUUCGAGCGUGCUGUAUACGGUAUCCUUUCUGGCGAUAUUCCAAGCGUCGAGAAGAUUUGUGAAGAUUGGGACGAUUUUGUCUACGCCCAUUGCAACGCUUUGCUUCGAACACAGUUCGAUGCUUACCUGAUGAAGCGAUCUCCACCAGACGCAACGGCUGCUAUAACACAAUCAUUCUCUACCUUCAACGCCGUGCAGUUUCACGGCGACGCUGCUUCAGUCGGAGAGCGUCUGGUAAAGUCACUGGAGACGAAUAUCAAGACUGCGGCGGAAGCAAAGACGCCGAUGAAAACCCUCCAGGCGGCGAUCAUUUCCAAUAAUAUAGAGCAGUACACCUACGAGCUCGGUCUCGCACUUGGAAAGGCGGCUAAUUCGGGGGAUACUUCGGCUUUGAUACCUCACUUCGGUGCCUCCAACGAAGAUAUAGACGAUAGCAAGUUUGUCCAACUAAGGGAUCAUAACGGCCUACGAAUUUUGGUCCACGUGUAUCUGAUCAUAUCAAGUCUCGAAGAACUACAGGGUGGUUUGCACAUGGAGCUUUCCGAACGCCACAAAGCGCGAGAGAACGUAGUCUCCGCCUAUGUUAGCACUUUGCGACUAACGGGCUUGACGGAUAUGAUGCCGCUAUACUGCAACCAAAUGCAAGGAGAUAGGGCUUUUUUCACCCUGAGCAGGAAUGUUACUAGCGUAACUGACCAGCAUGAACGAGAGAUACUACUAAGACUCAUGGAGAAACUCGGUAUGGACGUUGCCGAAUUUGUCCAAUUCCAGCCUCGUUCUCUACUCCAGGAGCACCCCGAAGCUGAGGAACACCCUCCACCAUUUGGUAGAUUUACCGUCUUCUCCAACGAUCCACCUACGCUUAAGUACGGACGCCCUUUGAAGCCUGACUUCCUCGGGGAACCCCCAGAGAGUCUAGACCCUGUGGACGAGCAUCUUAUCCAGUCAUUGGAAUGGUUCCUCCUUGUCGACGGCCUUUGGGACGAGGUUUUCCAUUACGGCACAGCUAUCUACAAACGCUUUCUUAAGCAAUUCAACCUUCAUGCGGCUCGUGCCUUGUCUGAACGAGUUCGCUGCGGCGAAAUUUUCAAGCGGAAGGCAGGCAUUGUCUACUCUGACGACUCGGACGUGUCAUGGUUCGACGAGGUUCGAGCGAGCGCUGCGGCUGGCUCACUGGAUGAAAACAGCCUUGGGGUUGAAGACGUCGCAGUAGCGCAAAACUUCUUCGAGAUGGAGUGCUUAGUCCGAGCCUUGGAUUCGAUGGAGACUAUCGCAUCAAGUGAACUAUUAGCCCAGGAUCCUGCAGAGAAAGUAAGCCGGGACUUCUGGUCUAACGUCGGGCGCGAAGUGAAGAACAUUAAGAGCUUUAUGCGCCAUAUAUUGAAUAAUUGGCUUAUGGAAAGUAUUGAAGAAGACGAAGACUUCACGUAUCUUCGAGACGCGUAUCUGCCUGAGGUGAUUAUCGGAUACGUCAGCGUGUUACAUUUCGCAGGUACGACUCUGACCCGUGACAACCUGCUAGAAUGCAUGGAGCUUGCCUCUGUGAUCGCCAAAAAGGACGCGGACGUGGCUGCGGUUAUUAUGAAAGCCGGACGAAUGAAGGAGCUCGUGGAGGGCUUCGCAAACUGCAGCAAGGCGCUAGCUAUCAGCAGCAGCGACAAGAAAGGAGCGGGUGGUAUUAGUAGUAAGAGGAUGAUGCGAGAACAUGGAUGGACACGGGAAUUAUGGUCGGUCAAAAACUGA